GUCUGUCCAUAUGUCCUAGUGGUUUUAAAACCACCAUGCUCAACAUUGCUUCCUCACCUCCAAGAGCAAUAGAACUCAGUCGCAGAAACAGAUAUGGCGGACACAAUACCGUCGCAUAACAGCGAGCUCAACAGCACUCACUUCCAUCACACAAACCGGUUGAUGGCGACGCGCAUGAGCUUCUACUGGGGACACAACACCGUCAUCCUCUUCGACCACUGGCCCGGGAACCACCCCGCCAUGUACGCAUUGGCCAUCAUCUUUGUCUUCUGCCUAGCUUUCCUCAUCGAAUUCCUCCUUGGCUUCGAGUUCGCCAAGCCAGGUGCGACCAAAGUCGGGGCUUGCCUUUUGAAGACCGGGCUCUACAUGGUGCGUAUGGCGGUGAGCUACAUGGUGAUGCUUGCGGUUGUGUCGUACAAUGGCGGCAUAUCCUUGGCCGCAGUCGGUGGGCACGCAGUGGGUUACAUGAUUUUCCGAAGUAGGGCUGUUCGAUGAGCGUGACAACGGGUCGGGUUCGGGUAAGAAACCAGCUGAUCUUGCCCAUAUUUGAUUCUUUUAAGCCGUAUGGCUGAGAUGAUGCGAUGAAUAACCGGCCCCGACUAGUCUGAAGGGCCUUUUGUUGUUAGGGAUAGCAUGAGAUGGAAUAAGAUAUAUUUCGAGAAGGUCUACACUAUUAAUGUAGUUGGUUCUGUUGGCCACACUAUUUACCAAAUAAAUUUUCAGAUCAUUCUUUUCCUCUUAAUUAA